UGCAACAGAAAGCAUAUAAGUGUGACUGAGACCGAACAAAAAAACAGUGACCUUUUGCUACGCAGUGAGGAGCUAAAUAUGAGGGUCCUGGCAUUCUUUGUGUUUCUUGUUUUAUGCAUGACUUUAGAAAAAUGCUUCUGCAAGAAGAAACCCAGACCCAAACCGUCUUGCGGAUAUCCACCAUCGCAGUGGUGCAAGACUCUGGAAAUAGCCAUGGAAUGCAAGGUUCUGAAGCAGUGUAUGGAGCUGAAUGCUACACGGCCAGAUCCUGCUGUCCCCAAUGUGACGGUUGGGCUGUACUAUGAGAGCUUGUGUCCUGGCUGCAGGGGUUUCCUGGUGGAGCAGCUCUUUCCCACUUGGGUCAUGCUGGCCGACAUCAUGGAUGUCCAGCUGGUGCCUUAUGGCAACGCCCAGGAGACCGAGCACCUGGGAAAGUAUGAGUUCCACUGUCAACAUGGAGAUCCAGAGUGUCUGGGUAACAUGAUCGAAACCUGCAUUAUGAAACUGGUUGAAGACAUGGCGUUCCUCGUCAUUUUCUGCAUGGAGGCCUCCGCUGAUGUCUUGACUGCAGCCCAACCUUGUGUACAGCUGUAUGCUCCUUCUGUGAAGUGGGAGACCAUCAUGACCUGUGUGAAGGGAGACCAGGGGAACCAACUCAUGCAUGAUAAUGCGCAGAAGACAAAAGCGCUUAAUCCACCCCAUUCUUACGUGCCCUGGGUGACCAUCAAUGGGGAGCACACGGAGGAAUUGGAAGACAAGGCGCUGUCAUCUCUCUUCGUCCUGGUCUGUAGCUUGUACACGGGUGGCAAACCCCCAGCCUGCACUGGAGCGCAGAAGAAACUUGACAGGAGUUUCUGCUAAAACACCUUUGGCAUAUAUACGUGUGUCUCCUAUGGCAUCCUAAUGUUUGUAUGGAACAAUAAUGCAAAUUUGUACUACCUUGCCUUUUUACUAAAAUCAUAUUUCUUAAGUAAAUCAAGGCUCCUUUAUUAAUAUGCACUUUUGCCAUCUGAAUCUACAUUUCUGUGAAAGAACGACAUUUAAAACUUGUGCCUUUCACUGCCAUGAUGGAACAUGUAUAGUUCUGUCAUAACCACUAAUCCUAUUUUGCCAUUAUAACUACUGUUACAUAUGAUCUGAGGACCACCUAAAUAUUUUUAAAGAAAUGGAGGUGUUUUAUGGGAAUGGAUUUGUGCUCACUGGAAAAAUACUAACUGUUCCACAACUGUUUUGAGAUGUACUUUCAAUCUUAAUGUAAAUCUCAAACAAAGCACUAACUUCUCAUGUUAGAAUGGGGUAAAUCAAUUAAUUGCAUUUUUUGGAAUUUCAAGCAGGAUUUUAUAUCUAAUGUUUUACAGUCUAAAAAUCCAGGAAUUCAAUAGUAAAUUUUCCAAUCAGUAUGGAUUGUUUAUUACCAACCUAAUCCAAUUUAUAAAUAUCAAUGCAUAUGUAUUUUUUCAUGCAGUGGGAAAAAAUAGCAUUUUAUGUCCUGUAAAGGGUGCAUCGGCAGUGUCCAUGAGUAUAGCCAGAGUGAUUCGGUCAUAAAGGCUAAGAAUUGUUCAUAUUUAUACUCAAAUCGCAGAUCCUAAUAACUUGCGGGCUGAAAUUUAGACUUGGGGGCAGGGUGAAUAAAAUAUUUUGGUAUAGACUUAAACAAUGGGUCAUUUUUUCUGUUUUUGAGAAUCAACACUGUAAUUAUCAAUUUGUUUCUAUGACUGGGAAGUUGUUUUUCUUGAACUUGCAUAUUACAAAACCAAUUUAAAAUACCCACUGAAAGAUUGGCUGGUUACAUCAUGUUGGGUAGAUUGUGAGUUGCACAAAGGAAUACUGCUGCUAAUGCAGUCUUAUGGAUCUUGAUAGCUUGCAAGCUGACUCAGGAAAAAGUCCUUGGUAUUUAUCCAUAAUUAUUCAAAACAAAUAAUUCAGGGACCACAAGCUAACUUUUGAUGGGCAUUCUUCAGUGUGCCUGAAAGCUAACUGGCUUUAUUAUAACUGUUCAAAGCGGGAGUCUUUCGUGCAUAUUUACAUUUGCAAGAAUAAUUCUUUGCUUCACCCUAGUGGCUAAAAUCCUGAACUACAAUUGGCUGUCAUGUGACCUGAUAAAUUGGCAAUAUUUAUUCAUAGUAUUUUAAUCUAUGGUUUUAGUACUGUGUCCAUUAAUUUCCAUUGCAGAUACAAAACAUAUCAUAGACCUCUGAUGGAACUCUGAUAUUGCUAUUCCCAAAUCAUGUUGGUAAAACCUUUUCAUAUUUUUCAAAUACAACCUCUCUGCAUUGAUAAGUGGUUCUGAUCCAAUCUUUGGUCAGAACUUUUACUUGAUGUUUCAUAUCAGCUGUGUAAAUAUUAUCUCUUCCGUGUUUGGUGAAUGUUGUGAUGUAAUUUCUGUGUGCUUGUGUUCCUGCAGCUGUUCAUUUAAUUUGGUGCCCAAUUGAAUAAUAAAUGAGAGCUUCCAAGGCAGUAUUCCUGAGAGGCGCAACUUUAAGAAUGCAGUUAGUGUGUGCACAUUUACAUGUAGCUAUGUCAGUUACAUGUAGAUAUUCAAGUUUAUCAAAGAUGACUAUCAUAGGAUGCUUUACUGUACUUCACUGUGUGUCCAGGGGAAAUUUUUUAAAAUAGUAAUGUAAUGGCAAUGGUGUUACUGUUUAUGUUGACGUAUUGUAAUCAUUACAUUUACCAAUUAAUCAUAUGUUUGUAAUCAGUUGUUUGCUGCAAAUACAAAUAAUUACUGCACUAUACACUCAUUCUCGGAGUAUGCAGGCAACUUCUUUGACCUGUAGGCUACUGUUCCACUAAGCCAGUAUGUCUCGUGGUCUGUUCCCCCUGGACAAUGUCUGUUUCAGGACAUUUCAGUUCCAUUGUUCUGGACUCAAAUGUCCUUCUCAGAUCCUACUAACUAUUUAUCACCAAAAAAUAAAGAUGAUGGAAAAAAAGACAUGAAAGU